GCGCGAGGAAAGGAGGGAGGGAGGGAGGGCGCGCGCCCCCGCGGCCGCCGAGUUGGCGAAGAUGCGCGAGGCGUCAUGAAUCCAUUCAUGAACUCUCCGCCAGCGCGGGAAGAGUUGCGUUCCCUCCAAAGGAAAAAAAAAAGAAAAACUCUCCUCUCCCUUUCCUUUUCAUCUCUUCUUCUUCUUCUUCUUGUGGCUCUGGUCACUGGGGCUGAUUAAUGAAUCAUGAGGCGGCGGCUGCUGCUGCUGCUAAUGCAUUUAUCUGGGGCAGACCGCGCUGCAGCCUCCCGCCUCAACCGCGCGAAGAAGUCGUGAGUGAGGGAAGAAGAAGGCGAGGAGCCGGCAGGAGUCCGGCAGGGAGCCUCUUCCAGCCUCGGCGGCGGCGGACCCUCGCUCUCCAUGGCGCCCGGGGAGGUUUUAUCACAUGCAGAAAGAAGCAUUACUCCAUGGAACAAUGUUUUGAGUUCCUGCUGUCACAUUACAGUAGCCGGAGUCAUUGUGCAUUAUUUCCAAUAUUCCUAAUGUCAACUACUCUAUAAAUCCAGAUGCUUAAGAAACCCAUUGCUACAUUGGUCCCAGUUCCACCGACUCGCUGCUCAAGAGGAAACACACUCCCUGUUUCAUCAGCCAAGCACAACUGCACUUUGCACUGAUUGCUUCUCCGUCUCCACAUGGCCUUUCUACUUGUGUCAGCAUACCUUUUGCUGACCCGUGCCCACGGUACUCCAGUUGAGAAUGGGGCCCUCAUGGAGACCCUGAAGUCGCAAGUCCUCUUGCUCAGCAAUAAGAGUGAACACUACUCAGCACAAGUGAGACCUCCUGGGACAAGCAGGCGAAUACCUCAAACAAUCAUUAUCGGAGUUCGUAAAGGUGGGACGAGGGCUUUACUUGAAAUGUUGGACGUGCACCCGAACAUUGUGGUGGCAGCUACUGAAGUUCACUUUUUUGACUGGGAUGAAAACUAUGUGAAGGGAAUAGAAUGGUAUAGGAGCCUGAUGCCGUUUUCAUAUGAAAAUCAAAUAACUAUUGAGAAAACACCAGGCUAUUUUACCUCGCCACAGGCUCCCGAAAGGAUUCAUGAUAUGAAUAGCUCUAUUAAACUGCUGCUUAUUCUCAGAGACCCCACGGAGAGAGUUAUCUCUGAUUAUACCCAAGUCUACUACAAUAGACUGGAAAGCCACAAGCCGGUUCAGCUCUUUGAAGACAUUGUUAUUAAAAAUGGAGUACUUAAUACCAAAUACAAGGCUAUCCAGAGGAGCCUGUAUGACAUCCAUAUGGAGAGGUGGCUGAAACAUUUCCAUUUGGAUCAAAUUCACAUAGUAGAUGGGAAUACUUUGAUCAAGGACCCGCUUCCUGAACUGCAAAAAGUGGAAAGAUUUCUUAACCUGCCUUCCAAAAUCAUGUCUUCAAAUUUUUAUUUUAACCAGACCAAGGGGUUCUAUUGCAUUAGGAGCGAUGGAAGAGAGAGGUGUUUACACGAAUCAAAAGGGCGCCCACAUCCUAUUGUCAACAGUACUGUUUUAGAGCAACUGUACUCUUACUUCAGAGAGCACAAUGCAAAAUUUUACAGAAUGAUUAAACAUUCUUUUGACUGGCAUUAGUUACUUUUGGGUUGAAGACAAAGAUUUAUAUAUAUAGUCCUGCCGUAAUUUAUUUGAAAGCACUUCCUUAUAAACUUUGGGUUGCAUUUGCCUUGAUGUGAAGACCAGCGUUUGCUUCCCUGGGUUGUAGCACUAGGAGUCGAUUAUGUUAAAUGGCAGGCACGCUUUUAAUCUGCGGGAUUCAUAUUGGCUUGUAACUAUAGUAAUGAACUUGAUUGCACCAGUCCAAGGCCACUGACUUCAAUGGAGUUAUUUCAAAGUUACACGUGUAUAGCCGAACUAACUCAUUUGUCUCUUUUUAUUCAAAUUUAUGAGCAAAUGGAAUCUCACAAAUAACCAUUCCUUAACUGAUGGGUUUUUUAAAAAAAAAAUGUGAAACUGAAAUGGUAUAAUUCUAAUAUAUGGGUUUGUUGGCUGCUUUUAUUUUUCUCUCCAAUUCCAUGACAGUGAGAUUGAUUUCUAGAAAUUAUUAUUAUUAUUAUUAUUAUUAUUAUUAUUAUUAUUAUUAUUAUUAUUGAAAAUGGGGAGUUAAACUGGCUCUAUUAUUUUUAAAUCUUUUUGUGAAAUGAAAAUUGUGAAGUAUAUCCAGCUUAAAUGAGUUUGGAGAAUAUUAUUUCCCAUGGAUCUCCUCCGUUUAGAUUAUUUGUAUAUUAUUACCCAUAUGAGUAAGAAAAUUGAUUAACCUCUUUGAGCAAGACUUCAGCUUUUAUUAUUCACAAUACAAGUAAAUGAGGGCUCUAAAAAUUGUCCCGUUUGACACCUAGACAUCAGAGAUCACACAGCUAUACAUUUAAUCACAAAUAUUCUGAACCAACUGUUUGUUUUCAAGUACCCUUCAUUAUUACACACUUAUUGGACUUGUUUGUAUUUUGUAACCAUUUGUUCCAAUUGUUUAUAUUACUAAUUUGGCACAGAAUUUAUAGCAAAAAAAUUAAUUGCCUGCUCUCCAAUGUGUGGAGUAACUUUUGUAAUAUCUAUUUGCAAAUCAUAAGAUGUACUCAGAGUGCAAAGUAACUUUAUGUGGUAUUGUAUACUAUACACACAAUAUUCAAAAUAUCAAGUAUGGGUUUCUGAUUUAUCUAUAAAAUUAUCAAUCUAUA